CUUUUGAAGAACCUGCAUCUGUUCAAUGUAACUAGUGUAUCGAGAAAGGAAGGAAUUGAACCCCCAUAGUUUGGUUUCAAGCCAAUUACAUAACCGAUCUGUCACUUUCUUAAUAAGACCCUAGUAAAAUAUUACCUUGUCUUGUCAAGACAAAAUUGUGGGUUAAAACCCAGCGAGUCUUAAAAAUGGCACAUCCUUCCCAACUAGGUUUUCAAGAUGCAACUUCUCCUGUAAUAGAAGAACUUCUUCACUUUCACGAUCAUACCUUAAUAAAUUUUUUAAUUAGUACCUUAGUACUUUACAUCAUUAUUGCAAUAGUGACUACCAAGCUUACUAAUAAAUUUAUCCUUGAUUCACAAGAAAUUGAAAUUAUUUGAACACUCCUUCCAGCCAUGAUUAUAAUUUUUAUUGCCCUCCCGUCACUUCUUAUAUACCUGAUGGAUGAAAUUAGUAACUCUCACCUCACAAUCAAAACUAUCGGACACCAAUGAUAUUGAAGCUAUGAAUACACAGAUUAUGAAAAUAUCACAUUUGAUUCUUACAUUACCCCAACUCAGAAUUUAACACCAGGUCAAUUCCGACUACUAGAAACAGAUCAUCGAAUAGUAGUCCCUAUUGAAUCACCUACUCGAAUCCUGGUUUCUGCAGACGAUGUACUACAUUCAUGAGCUGUUCCAAGCCCUGGCAUUAAAAUAGAUGCAGUACCAGGACGGUUAAACCAAACAGCAUUCAUUAUCUCACGACCAGGUGUUUAUUAUGGCCAGUGCUCUGAGAUUUGCGGAGCUAAUCAUAGUUUUAUGCCCAUUGUUGUUGAAGCUGUCCCGUUGAAAUACUUUGAAGAUUGAUCUUCUUUAAUACUUCAAGAUGCCUCGCUAGAAAGCUAA